UCUGUGCUAUAUUACAUCUUCUAUAUGUCCACAGAUUACAACACGAAUGGAAAAUGGGAUUCGAGCUUCCAGUUCCCAGGAGGUUCAGCGUCUCGAAAUCUGUCGACUUCUUCCUCUCCGAGGUCAACUCUGAGCACCAACUACAGAGGAGGGGGGGGCAGCUCCUUCACCACAGAAACAUCCACCACCUACAUGAGCGGUUCAGGAGGCACUCGUAGGACUGACAUGACGUACGGAGUUGGAGGAGGAGGAGGAGGAGGAGGAGGAAGUCUAGGAGGGUACAGUGUAGGAGGAGGAGAAGGAAGUCUAGGAGGAUUAGGAGUUGGAGGAGGAGGAUACAGUGUAGGAGGAGGAGGAGGAAGUCUAGGAGGAUUAGGAGUUGGAGGAGGAGGGUACAGUGUAGGAGGAGGAGGAGGAAGUCUAGGAGGAUUAGGAGGAUUAGGAGGAGGAGGGUACAGUGUAGGAGGAGGAGGGUACAGUGUAGGAGGAGGAGGAGGAGGAGUCCACACUUCAGAAGUCAUCAUGAGGAAGCACUCGGAGCACCGGGCCUACGCCGAGGAAAACAUCCGAGACUCCAUCGUGAUGGGAGACUUGUCCGGAAAGUUCCCUGAUCUAGGUGGUUUCGGCUACAAUGCGUCGCAGAGCAGCUCUCAGUUCAGCUACAGCCUCUCUCAGGGCUCCAGAGCUCGGACCGGGUCUUCAGACGUCAACGAAGCGCUUUAUAGUCUGGACAGGGUGCUGCAGGGUGAGUCUGCAACGCAUGGGUGUGAAAAGCUAUGCUAUCGUCUUCAUAGAGUCGUGCAGGUAUUGAUCCCAUUGAACCAGGCAGGUGCUGCCUUCAGGGUCCAACACUGAAAUAAGAAAUCAAUUUACCUGUGUCUUUCUGAUCUCCUCUUUAAAGAUC